UCAGGAAAUAAACAAAUUGGGGUCCUUCCUUGCGACAAGCUAGCUGUCGAAACGGUGUAACGAGUCACAUUGUUUUACACAACUGUGGUAAAUUGUCAAGAAUAACACCGAUAUAUGACGAUUAGAUUACAAGGGGAAUGUUUAAAUAAUCCAAGUUGUAUUCCGUUUGGUCUUUUUCUUCCUAACUGGCCCGGCAGUUUGUUUUCAAACCGUCGAAAGGGUGUUUUUUUACGUCCGCCGUCAACAACAGCGACAUUAGCGUUAGCAUUUAAGCUAACGUUGUAAAACCCACGUAAUUCUGAUAUUUAGUCGAAUAAAAAGGGAGGGAGGCGUUGAUGAGCAGCUAUGUCUGGUAUCGCGCUUAGCAGACUGUCACAGGAGCGAAAAGCCUGGAGAAAAGACCAUCCGUUUGGUUUCGUUGCGGUGCCCACGAAGAACCCUGAUGGAACCAUGAACCUGAUGAACUGGGAGUGUGCCAUUCCAGGGAAGAAAGGAACUUUGUGGGAGGGAGGACUCUAUAAACUCAGAAUGCUGUUCAAAGACGACUACCCUUCCUCUCCGCCCAAAUGCAAGUUUGAGCCCCCAAUAUUCCACCCGAAUGUCUACCCCUCCGGCACCGUGUGUCUGUCCAUCCUGGAGGAGGACAAAGACUGGAGGCCCGCCAUCACCAUCAAACAGAUCCUGUUGGGGAUCCAGGAGCUGCUGAAUGAGCCCAACAUCCAAGACCCAGCACAAGCAGAGGCAUACACAAUUUACUGUCAGAACAGGAUGGACUACGAGAAGAGGGUAAGGGCACAGGCCAAGAAGUUCGCCCCCACAUAGAGAGGAGCGCCGGCCUCCCACAGCCUGAACUGAAGGAGGUGACACACCUGACGGACCACUCCAAUAAGAAUUCAGUUUUGAGUAUUCUCACAUUAUUAAACAGGUGACAAGAGCCUGUUAGUUCUCCUCUUUUUUUUCUCUUUUUAAAGCUCAACAUGUAAGCAUUUUUAAGGCAUCGCUGAUGGUCCUCUGCAAACAUGACGUUUGUUAUUUGUAACUCUUGUAUAAUCUCCAGUUUUAUCAUGAGUGCUGUAAAGCCUGCUCAUGCCUCCAUUCAUUCUGUAAAGUCAUAAUAUCGUAUCGACAGAGCUGUAGAAAUGUCCAAGCCACUCUGUGUGUAGUUCUCUCGCUUGUGGCAGACGUGGAGAUUAUGUUUAUUGUUAAACUUCCAGUUUUUUUUCUUUUCUUUUAAUAUCAAACCCCCAGGGAUCGUAGAUAGUGUUUCAUGAUUACGAGUGGGAACUGGGACAAAGUAUUCAGACAAACAAUGGAAGUGAAUCCUCCCAUUGUUCUCCUGAUCCCUUGUCUCGUUCCUAUCACAUAUCCAUCACCUGAGUUUCCGGAAAAGCAUACAAAAAAAUACGAAGUCGGGUAAAAGACAAUCCUGGCGCUUUGUUGUAAGCUAAAACCGUGGCGAUUAUUUUGGCAGGAAGUGGCGCUCUGUCCACCUCAGAGAAGGGAAGCAUUACAGGAGGAUGUAAAAUCCAACUGGAAGUCAGUGUUGCUCAUUCAACACCAGUUUCUCAUCUGCUUCAAAAACAAAAACGGUCACUGUGUUCAUUUUGGCGCUCCAUCAGUUACAAAAAGCGUCACUUUUGGUUAUGUUCUCCCACAAAAUCAACUACAACCCUGUAUAAAUGAGUGGAUCAGGCGUCAGAAGCUGAAGGAUCCUCAUUGGAAUGGCCUCUCAACCAGCAAAGGACGACAGGAAGUGAAAGUGCACUUGAGAGAGUAAGCGAAAAAGCCUGAGAAUUGUUUUGCCUCUAAAUAUAUGAGUGCAUGUAUAUAAUAUAAAUACUGAAAAAAAUUGUGGAAGUUAUGUUUUAUAUUGUUUUAGCCAGUUGACAUUUGUGUGUGGUAUUAUGACAAAGAACACAAUAAAUGGCAUACAAUUGUGAAAUAAAGUUGAAUAAAAGAAA